AUGAGGAACAAAGCAAGUGGUUUGUUGAAGCAGAUAAUCACGGCUUUAACCACAACGGCGAACGCCAAAACCAUGGCCAUAAAGAGCAAGACAAAGGCCAUCAAGACCCGCCUCGUCAUCUUCUCCUUGCUUCAAAACAGGAAGCUUCUCAUGAGCUCCUUCUCCGACAAGCUCAACGCGUUGAUGGGCCAGAACAAUGGAAAAAUCUCCAAGGAACUAGAAGAAGACGAUGUUUCUGGAGAUCAACAAAGCCAAUCGAUCUUUCUUCACAAUAGCAGCAAUGCCAUGUGGGUUCCGAGUACACAACAGACCAAAUACGAAGAAGAUGAUGAUGAUGAUGGGGUUGAGUUGGAAGAGAAAUACCCAGACCUGACUCACUCGCUGUUCGACUCGGAAGAAAUGGAAAUGAUUGAUCCUGGGGCUUCGGUGAUAGAGAUAGUGAAGAACUCGAAAGAAGAUAAGGGAGAAGAAUUCAGGCUGGAAGACGAGAUAGAUCGAGUAGCUGAUUUGUUCAUAAAGAGAUUCCAUCGUCAAAUGAGAAUGCAGAAGCAGCUUUCAUUGAAGAGACGUCAACAAAUGCUGGGGACCAGCCCUUGA